CUGCGGUAUAGCUCGCGGUCCUCCACCAGAGCAAGAAUAUCGUCGAGGCACGUAGAGAAAGAGAAAAAUCUAAACGGAGCGAAGAAACAGGGUUCGGAGAUUCCGAGGAGUUUGUACAUGCGAUCGCAAGUGUUUCGUAUUGCUCGAAACAAUCCAAAACAUUGAUAGUCGAAUUCGUUGAAUAUAAGUUAUUUUUAGAGAAAAAUAAUAAAUUCUGCAAAAGCACGAACGCAUAUUGUUUACGUGCUGGGCUAUCACCUGUUUAUAUCCACAAUUAAAAUAGUUCGGCUCAAAUGUCGGUACGAAAUGUACUCAAAAAAUCAUAAUAAAUCGCGAGUGGUUGGUGGUGUGUUCAAAUAAGCGGCGCGGCCGCGCGCGAUAAAUCAUGCGCGUUACAACACGGAAAAUCGAUAUCGUAAACAUCGUUAAAUAACGGAAAACGGAAUAUUCUUACUUCUCAUUUAUAAAUCAGCGAAAGUUCAAGCGUGGUUCGCUUGCCGCGUGCUCUGUAGAAAAAUGAGAUAACACGGGAAAAGAUAUAAACAAAAAGGCAGGAUCGUGAGAGUGUACAGAGGCCGCGCACCGCCGUUGCCCGUUUGCGCGCAUCCUCGUCGUCAAGGAGGCCACCGUGAGAGUCCGCUUUUUUUUGCAGUCUGAACCAGCUGCUCCUUCGCAGAGCAAGCAAAGUUCGCGCGCGAGAGAUUCGCGUGCAUCCUGUAAAAUCAAAUAAAAGGACUGGCAUCGCGUCCUUGUGGAACGGAGGCAAAACGCACGUUUUAAAUCAUCUCGCAAUACGCGCAGGUUCAUUUUUAUUUUCUACAAUUGUGACAAAGUGAGUUUUAAACAAAUCGGCGUACGCGGGUUUUCGGCUCUGCAUUGGCAAGCUUUCGGCGACGCAUUGGACACGUGUGCAGCAGUGUUGUUGGUUACAAUAAUCGUGAAACAGUUUGAAUCGAAUAUCGAGAAAAAACAAAGUUUUGCCCGAGCUUGCGCGCUGGAUUGUUUUUCCUAUUAUUACGAUGGCGUAACAAGUGGGUGCGCGCGCACGCGCGUGUGUGUUUGUUUUGAUAAGUUUCGUAUCUACGAUCUUAUUGCAAGUGACAGUGAUUUCCUUCACUUUGUUUUAUUUUUCUCACAUAAUCUGACGCGAAAAGGAUUAUUAUUUUUUUAUUUUCGUCAAAUUAAAGCAUUUCAAAUUUCCGGGAAUACAUUAAUCCCCGUUUGCUUUCUUUAUUGUUGCCGAGUUCGUGUAAAUUUUGCAGUGCCGAAAGGCGUCGCCGGAACGGGGAUUUGUGCCUCGUCUCUCGUCUCGCUACGUCGGGAUAACCAGCGGAAUGUGGCACGAGACGGAGUCUCACGAUCACGGGAGCUAUGCUGGCUGAGGUGCGCGCGGGAAGACGAGGCGAGACCAGACCCACGCUUCAACCGCCGUAAGUCAGGCUGCCUCGAGGUGGAAAAAAAAGACGGCUUCAGUUGGUUGCCGCAAUCGGAAGCCCGUUGAAGGAGAGAAGUAAGGAAGCGCGAAGGACUAAGGGUACGUCUGGAGGUACGGAGCGAGUAGAGGCCGAGUUCGUAGUUGAACUUCCGUAAAGUCGGAAUAACCGUGCGAGCGGGAAAAAAGUAAGGAGGCGAGUACCGAGAAGAAUUGGUUGAAAAACAGAGUGAUAAUCAAGAGGAAUAAAAAGAGAUCUCAGAGGAAGAGAGCGCUGACAAGAAGAGUUGCAAGAAAGCGGUUGCAUGGAUCGAGGGGAUCGAGGAGAAGUUGAAGUUUUUCAGACAAAGCAGAACCUCGCGGAAGAAAGACUCGAUGUCAGCCCCAAGAAGAUCAAACCGGCCCAGUUCCAGGAAUAAUGGAGUAUCACGAAUGAGGCUCGAAUAGAAGGAAGCGAUCAGCGGCAAUCGCGCGUUAUCCGAGUGAUGCUGAAGCACAUAUUGACGGGGCAGCCGUCUACAGCUGGCUCCAGGCAUCACAAUGAUUAUCAGACCCAGGGCCAGCAAGCUCAUCAGCAAGCACCAAUCGGCGGGAGUCAAUCGUCCGGUGUAUUGCUGCAUCACCAUCACCACCACCAUCAUCCAGGGCACCCCCACACCGAUCAUCAUCACCACCAUCACCAGCACUUUACCGCUGGAUCACCAGCCAAUCGAGUCGGUGGUCAGCGGAAUCUUUCCAGCGACGUUUACGAUUCGGUGUUGCAUCCGAACCAGAGGAGCGUCAUGGGCAAUGCCGUGCAGUCCCAUCAGCCUACGCCCUCCUCGACUCAUCGGCAUCCCCUCAACCAUUCCCAAUUGAGCGUCAACAAUCUUUCCCAACGUUUGAAUCAUUCCCACCCGUUGAAUCUCUCGACUCUGUCAACAUCCAAGCACUCCGUCAACAGCGCCAGUCCCAUCGUUGGCAACAACAACAACAACAACAAUAAUAACAACAACACCAACAACAAUAACAUCACCAAUAACAACAACAACAACGCAACCCAUCAUACAAUCACCACCUUAACUCACGUCCCACACGAACGCGAAAGAGUCCACGCUAAUGGCGGCCUGGACAUAUCCAGAGUUUCCAGGCUACCCAGCCAAACGACACCGUCGCCCGUUGCACCUGUUGCCGUCCACGCACCUGUCUCCCAGAUCAUACAGGCACCCGCUGCAAGUGGCAACACCGGGCCCGUCGUACACCUCAACACUUCGUGGUCGUCUACGCUCUCGAAAAACAAUAACAGAACUACGUUACCAGCUCAACAACAAGAGGCCGGAGUCAAAGAGAUGCUGACUUUCCUAGGCCUCCUCUGCCUCGUCUCGCUGCUACUCGCCAUGCUCUCCCACAUAUUUCUUCUCAAAAUAUCACCGUUAACCGUCACACCGAGCAGCCUUAUCAGCCCCGAGGAAUAUACAAUCGUCUACGAAGUUACCCUCGCCCUGUGCGCACUCGCACUCUCUUUGAAUCUCUGCUGCCUACUCGUCUGCGCCAUUCAGUUCCUGUUCGCCGUUAAACUCGUCAAAUCUUCUUACCAGGGUCAUCGGACCAACAAGUAUUUACAAAAAUCGUCGAUCAGUCGGGUGUGCGCGGUCGGAGGUUUCUUCGUCAGCAUUCCAGUCUUCUUAACCGGUAUGAUACUCUACACGUUCAUCCAGUUUCACUCAACGCCUGCGAUCGUAAUGUCGGUAUUCAUCGGUCUUGGUAUCGUGUUCUGUGGCUGCGCUAUGGUUCACAAUGUCUUCGUAUGGCAAAGAGAGAAGACGAACGCCGUGAAAGCAUUGGCCAGAGCCCAAUGCGAGGCUGCAGCGCAGCUGCAGCGACAGCAACAGAUGCAACAGCAACAGCAAACCAGUAGAAGUACAGUGGCCACGCUUCAUCGGGCUGGUCCGAAAAUCGGUAAUUUAACAGCGUCCCAUUCGACGACGACGUUGCAACAGCAUCCGCGAAGUUCUUCAGCCGUUUAUCAGCAUCAGCAGCAGUUGCAGCACCAUCACAACCACCAGCAUCAUCGACACGUUCAAAUGUCGCCACCCUUGUUGAUCUCGUCGCCCAGCGGAUUGGCUGGGACUCACAGUCACACGGUGACGGCUGGCGGCGGUCACGCGAACCAUCGAAUUCUCGCGACCCCGCCAACGACCCCGGGUGAUCGUUCGCCGCCCAGUGACAGCAACAACAAGCACAACAGAUCACAGUCGCAUUUGCAAAGAGACGCGAGCGGCAGCGUCAGUCCAGGUUUGCCCCCGGCGACCCUCGACCUCAGCAGCGCAGCGACGACGAACAGUCCGCACGAGCUCUCCACGCUCGUCUAAAUCCAAACGGAGACAACACGCGUCCGGGCGUGCGAGCGGUUACUCCGUGAGGCUGAAAACCUCCCUGGGACGAGUCGAAGGUCAUCACGAGUCUCGACUCAAUCUCAACGAGUUCUCAUCGCGCUCGCCAUCGACGUGGGUCGAUUUAUCGGGCUCACUCAUUCUCCGUGGUUCUUCAUCCGCGGUUUUUUCCUCUCGCAGUAGAUUCAGUGCGCUUUUUUCCGGUUACAACAUUCGAGAUUAAACGCGCGGUAAACAUUCGUUUCGAAUGCAAACGAAUUUUGUUUUACCGGCAUUAUUAUCGUAGGACUGCAUUCUCACGUUGUUGGAGACUGGACAACCAUUGAAAUGUUCCCCCCGCAGCUGUCACCUCAAAUUCACCAUUCGCUGCGCACCACGUGACCGAGCUAUUGCAAUUUUAUCAUGAAAAUUCGCUCGAAAAUCCCCUAACGAAUUUCAAGUUGUCAAAAUUUCAAUGACGAACUUGCUUCUUGCCAUUUUAUUGUCGUAUUUAAUGUCUUUGAUUUCUCAUUCAUGCAUUCUCACGCGCUGCCUAAUUUGAACGAAACAUCUAGUCCUAGAUCGCUCUCAGUUCGGAAAGAGUUUUAUCUUCCCUUGCGACCGCUCGAUCUUUCAGUAACACCACACAACUAAACUAAAUCGUGAGAAUUUUCGGAAAUUUUUCUACUGAAUCGCGCUGAAAUUAGUUCGUGAUUCAUGUCUGACCACCCGGACCAGCCGAAGCCAUAAGGAUUUCUCGAUUCAAAUUCGUACAAUCGACACGAAUGAUUUUUUAUUGAUCUUUCAAAUUUUUACGAAAAAGUGGUUUUGAAAGUUUCGUGAAAAUUUGUUUUUCCAAAUCUCAAAUGAGCAAGCGCUGAAAAAUAUGUCAAAAGCGAAGAUUUCGACACUGCGUCUGAGGCUCGAAUUUUUCGUUCGUUUCUGUUACUUUCGAGUUUACACAUUUUUGUAGUUCGAGCCUUUUUUCUCAACGGUCCAGACGAUCACGCGCCUACAAUCGGCGAUAGCUACGUCGAUAAACUUGCCCAAGAAAUUGCUCGACCAAUGACCGAUCUGUGUUAUGACGACCGGUCGAAAUCGUUGCAUUUAUUUAUUAGAAAUUUUUCAUAAAAUAAUGUGUAAUGAGAGCUAUUUUUUGUUAAUCGAUAAAUUUUCUGGAAUUGCGAAGAUUUGAAAAAAAUUUUAAAUAAAACAAGAAAAUGGCACAUCUCGUUGCUCUAACACGAAGUAUUCUAUGUUUCUUUCCUAUUUUAUUGUGAAAAUAUUCGAUUUUGACUUGAAACAUUACUUAGCGAAGAGAAAAAAUGGCUUUGCCUUCUAUUUUUUCAAGUUCUCAGUUUUUCUUCAUUGAGAACAAUCGAAGGAAGUGUAAAAACCUACAAUUUACAUUGCUCUACUUUAGAUAGAUAGUAUUUCGUGAAACAAGGGCGAACGAAAUUCAGCGGAAUAAUACUUUUUUGGAGUAACCGUAAUGCCGAUUUUUGUGACCGAGGCUAUGAAUAUCGAAUCUCGUAAUGAGUUCUUGACGAUCAUAUUUGCGGCGUUAAGGGGUAUCGAGAGACUUUGGCGACGAAGAUCCCAUAAUUGAGCUUUUUUGUAAAUAUCAAUAGACUUUGAUGAACUAAUAAUAGUUACGAUAAAUUAUAAAUGAAUCAAUAUAUAUAUAUAUAUAUACGUUCUGGAGGCGUUAUGCGAAACUGGGCAGGGUAAUUGAGAUGUGAAAAUAUUGUAAAUUAAAUAUUAACUGCUGUAACAUUAACGUCGUUACUAUAAAAUAUUUUUCUUUUUCCUAUGGACUUUGUAAUUACUAACAUUAAGUAUGAUAUCUAGUUGCGAGAAUAGUUUGCGGAGUAAAACACCCAGUUGUCAGCCUUUCAAAUAAAUUUCUAGUUUUUUGAUAAUGUCGCUUGGAAAAAAUGUACAAAAAUCACAUUUGCGUGUAGCUGGCGUUUGCUUUUGUGAAUGAUUAUAUACAGCGUUGAACCGUGGAUUGUUUUUCAAUAAUGUUUUUAAUAUUUGAAAGAUUUUUUCCUGGGAAAAACUUGCCAAAUGUGGCCAAAAUAUAUUUGUCGUUAAUACAAAAACAUGAAAUAAGUUUACGAUUAGAAAAAUAUGGAAGUUUAUUCGCUACAUUGUUAGCAUAUUUCUUCUCCCUUUUCUUCACGGUUUUUCAAAGUUUGUGUAUCAACCAAAGAGAUUUUAGUGGAAAAAAAACAUUCUUACGACGCAAAAACCAUUGUCCCGCUAACUCAAAACCCGACUAUGAGAGUAGGGCUGGAAACUAGAUGUUUUACCCUAUGCUAUAAAAAAGUAAAUUAUUGGGUCCACGCAUAACGCAUAUAGUACAAAAGUGUUUUAGCUUUAUGUACUUGAAUAAUUAAUAAAAUAAAACAAAAACAUUACAAAUUAAAUCAUGUGCAUAUGAGACAACCGUCGUGUGUAUUCGACAUGUAUCUAAUUUUACAGAGAAAAUAAAUUAUUUCAAUCUUUUA